UUGCAUAAUAUCUGAAUACUGAUUUCCAUAAUUUGCAUACAGCUUCGCAGGGCGCUGGCUAGCUCGGGGCACCAGCAACCAUUUCGCUUUCAUGCAGCCCUUGAUGCACAGGAGGAACUCGGUGCAGAGCCUGCCCCCGCCGCAGCAGCCUGAGCGCGCUCCGCUCUACUACCCCUGCGCCAACUCGGUUGGCGGCUGUGUGGGGGCGCACGCCGAGGAGAAGGCGGGGCGGGGUUCGAAUGCGCGCGCCGCAGCCUCCCCCCUCCAGGAGCAAAAGAGGCUUCAACCGUAGCUGGAGAAAGGCAGCAGUGGUGCGAGCCUGGGAGUCUCGGACCCGGCAGCACAGCAGUUUGCGCAGGGAAAAAGCAGAUGAUUUUCUGGAUGACUUCAUGAGGCUGUGUGUGUCUCGAAAAUGGUAGUUCCUGGGAGUGCUCCUGUCAUAGAGCAGGACCAUGCCCUUGAACCUGACUUGGGGCGGGGCUCAACAGAGAAUUCUGCAAUGGGAUCUGAGACAGAACCAGGUACUGAUCAGGUGCACCCAGAAUUGGAGGAGGUGCGAAAGCUGCAGGAACUAGUGAGAAGACUUGAGAUCCAGAAUCAGCAGCUGAUAACUAGGAGCCACAGAAAUGUGCUAGGGACAAAUACACAAACAAACACUGGUGUGAAUAAUCAUAACUCAGGGCUCAGUGGAAUGGAAAUUAACAAUAGCAUCAACACUAUAACAGAGAAGCAAGAAUUACAGAUAAUGGCAGAUGUACAUGACAAACUAAGUAAAAUAAGAAGAGAGGUGAAAGAGAGUGACUGCUUAAAAAAAGAUGUGGAUAUACAAAUGCAUUAUAGCCGCCCUAGUAUUACUGAGAAAGUGUCUCCCAACUCAAAAUAUAUGAAUGAUGCAGAAAUGCAGAAUGAUGUUAAUGUCAGCUGUUCUUCAAGUCUGGAUAGGAGUAGCAGCACAGAACUCGUGGAAGACUUAAUCACCAUAGGUAUUCAUCCAUCUGUAAAAAUGAGUGAACAGAAUCCAAAUGAAGAGAGUGGAGAUUUAGGAAGCUUUUUGAAUGAUACUGCUUUGGAUGAAGUGGAAGUGCUAGAACUUGGGAACUGCAGUGAUGAAGAGGACAGCUGGCUGUAUGUCUCUCCAAGAAAAUCCACUGCAGAUCAGAAAACAGAGUCUCCUUUAAAAUGGUGUCGACAGGUGUUGGAUAACCCAAGUGCUGAGACAGAAGUAGCCUGCCGAACCCUUAUAAAUAGACUUGACCAAGCCGGUAGGUGGAAAAACCUGUAUUGCAGUCCAUUGGCAUCACCAAGUGCACAUAACUUGAAUACAGAGACAAGCUCCUGUAGCAAUGCACUAAACUCUCCUGGGCACCUCAAAUCAACUAACAAACCACUACUAACAUGUGGCAGCUCAGGUUACUUGAGCAUGCAUUCUGCACUGAGCUCUCAGUCCUCUGUAGACAGCGAGCUGAGUACAUCUGAUGACUCCAUCUCUAUGGGAUACAAGCUGCAGGACUUGACUGAUGUCCAGGUUAUGGCACGCCUACAGGAAGAAAGUCUCCGUCAGGACUGUGCUUCAAGUUCUGCUUCAGUAUCCCGUCGCAGUUCCAGUGCUUCCCUUCACUCUCUGAGGAGAGGCACCUAUAGUGACCAGGAGUUUGAUACAUAUAGUCUGGAGGAUGAGGAUGAUUAUGAUUGUUCGCUAUCCUAUCGUAGUGCUCACAGGUACUCGCCAUCUCCUCUCAGCUCCCCCCGUUGCCAGUCCCCUUCUUCAGGUGCAGAUUACAGCAGGACAACAACCUCUCGAAUUCGACCCCCAAGGAGAGCUGUGCAAAGUCCAAUGCAAGACCAGCUAAAAUACACAAAUAACGAAGAGGAAAUGCGCCACAGUAUGCCUAACCUGGCUAGGACAAGCCUUCGCUCACUGGAAUCUGUAAGAAGCAGUCGGAGUCUGGAAUCAGAUUUGCAGGUGCCCAGCAGCCGACUUUCCAGAAUUCAGCAACCAUCAACAAGUCUGACUCCCAAUAAGCUCAGGUAUUCCUCUAGUGCUGGCCAGUCUCCCUUAACAGUCCGACAGCCAGUGAAAGCAGGGUCAUGUACAAACUCUCUGUUGACACCAAGGCAGCCACUAAAAGCUUCCAGUUACACCACUCCUGCAAGUGGAGUCCGAAAGCCACAGUCUUCAACUCUCAGUCCAGGAUUUUCUAGUAGCAGUUCUUCCACUACAAGAAACAAUAGUAUGGCCACUGGAGCCAAAAAUUCACCUGUUAAAGUACGAACAUCUGUUGGAGGAACUUCUACUCCGAAGAGCAAGCUGAUACAGCCAUCCAAGAGAUUUCCUCAGUCAGCAAAGACCAGUCAGACAACUGCUGAUGAUUCCUGGAAGGAUGGGUGUUACUAAGCCAACCCAAAGAAGCUGAUAAACUGUCAAACAUCUGUAUGAAGCAUACCCCCAGCUGGCUGGGCAUGAGAACAUUAUAUUAAAAUACACCUUGCCCCAGACUCAUCACAUAGGGAAAACAUACAAGUCAGUCCUAUCUUGAAUGCAAAUUACCCCCUUGCCUUCAUUUAUUUUGCAAAGAGUUUGGUCUCUUAGUGGUAGAAAUAGACAACUUUUUCUUUACUGUGUUCCUACUGUUCAGAAUAUACUACUGAAAUCUGAAAAAUAUCAGAUGAAGACUGGUUGACGCUAUCCUGUGUAUCUCUAGUACAACCGUCCACCAGAUCAGCAGUGUGUUGUUGGAAGAGAUGUUGACUUAGAUACAAUAUGAUCUGUUCAUGGGAAAAUGUGCUUGGAAGGGCAUAGGUGGUAAUGUCUGUGCCAUCAAGAAAUUUCAACCCACUGUGCUAAGCAGUGGUUUGGAAAUUAGAGAAAUAGUUGUAUAAAUGUUAGAAAAUGAGGUUUGAUUGUGUUUUUUAAAUUCACCUGGUGUAAUUAACUUUUGCCUGAAGUUCAAAGGUUUUUUUUUACUUGUUCCUGUAUAGAAUGUUUCUUCUGCUACUUUCUAUUAAUGUUUGUUCUAGAAGAUGAAGCAGCUUUUUAUAACUCAGUAGUACAGUUCAAAAAGACAUUUGUAUUAGUGUGUGCAUCACCAAGUGUAAGUUCACAAAUGAAGGAGUAGUACACAAUAUUUGUGCGGGUUUAUGAACAGGCAGUCACACUUCAAUGGGUGCUACUUAAAAACUGUCAAAUUUCAGUAUUUGCUGUGUUCCAUAACUUCGCUAGGAAACACCAAACAUUGGUAAGUUGAACUACUACAGGUGAGUCCGGUUCUGAAUGGUCUCCCAUUGAAUAUUGGAGAGAAGCUAUUGCAGUUGAAGUGAUUCCCUCCAUGACCUAAUUUACCCAUUUGGUAACAAUUACCCUUUACUGGUUUUGUAUAAAACUUUUCUACUGCAUUUUUUCAUACGAAGGAAUCUGUUCAAAAUGGGUCCCUGUCCUCGGCAAACUAUGGAGGCCACUGAUUCAAUCAUAUUUUCUGAAAUAUGCACUGGUAAUAGAACUCAGCGAUGUUCUCCCUGCCAUCAAUGUGAUUUGAUAUUGUAGUUUAAUAAAAAAUGUUAAGGUACUGAAACUA